AUGAUGGGGUACCAAACAUCACUUCGACAAAUGAGCUAUCCCCGGCUGGAUUCUCUGUCAAUAGAAGAUCGCACUGAAGAGGAUGAGGGACCUCGGUACAUCCAUACAGACCAGACGUACAUUGUAUUCGACGUUGACCAAAUUUGGACCGCUUCUGAAACAAUCAGUAUUAAAAGACUGGCAAAGAAAGGUCUCGUCGCCUACCGAUUUAUGACAAAUGCGCCGACACGAUACCUCGUCAAGCCUAAUUCAGGUGUCUUGGAAGAUAGCAAGCCAGUGAAAGUAAAGAUCGCCUUAUACGGAAAUCGUCAUAACCCGCAGCAUAUUCUUAUUCUGCAGGCAGUAGAAAUUUUCUCAAAGGAGGAAGGAAAAAUUUUCACUUUGGCUUUGUCCGAUGUCCCAAAAGUUCAUCUUAAAGCAGACACUCCCUUCCAGUUGUNUAAAUAUGGGCAGUAUCAUGUGGCAGGAGCGCCUAACUAA